UUGGAUACAUCAUUGUUCAAUUUCCUCCCUUCAUUUCGAUACGUUUCGUUUUUUAGGUCUUAGAAAAAUGUGCUAAAGUAUUUUUGGUAUUCUGUAAGCAAUUCCCACUCGGAUCGCCACUAAAUUCGUUGAGACCGCACCAAGCCGUUGUUGAGGUCGAGUUACAAAUUGUAGUUAUCCGUUUAAUCCUAAAGCCAUAUCGCAAUCAUGGCCACUGCCCAGGUGCAGAAUUUCGAGUCGGCCGUAUUCGAGCCAAAGAUGUUGGUGGAGGGUCAACCGAAGGAGUUUGUACCAGAGAUCCAUCCGGAACAGCAGCAACAGCAACAGCAGCAGAACCCUCAACCCCAACAGAACUGCCAUAAUGAGGUUUCACAGAUGGUACCGGAACAGAAUAUUGAGAGUGAACAGGAACAAGAACAGUAUGAUGAUCAGGAGGAGUAUGAUGAUAAUCUUGAUGAAAUUGUCUACGAAGUGAUCGAGUACAAACAUCCCCUGGAAGACAUGUGGACAUUAUGGUAUUUGGAGAACGAUCGCACCAAGCAUUGGAAGGAUAUGUUGAACGAGAUCACCCAGAUCGACAGUGUAGAGACCUUCUGGAGUUUGUAUUACACCAUUAAGACUCCAUCAGAGCUAAAGAUUGGAUGCGACUACUCCGUGUUCAAGAAGGGUAUCAAACCCAUGUGGGAGGACGAGGCCAACAUUAAAGGAGGUCGCUGGUUAGUCACGGUCGGCAAAAGUGCCAAACUGGAACUAGAUCGGAUUUGGCUGGACAUUAUCCUCAUGAUGGUGGGUCAGACCUUUGAUUACUCCAGCGAGAUCUGUGGAGCUGUAAUUAAUAUUCGUGCCAAAAGUAACAAGAUGUCCGUUUGGACUGCUAACGGAACCAACGAAAUGGCCAUACUCGAGAUUGGCCAAAAGUUGAAGAUGCUAUUGCAUCUACAGUCGCACAACCUGCAAUACCAGCUGCACUCAGAUGCAAUGUGCAAGAUCAAUUCGGGCGUCAAAUCGGUUUACACUCUCUAAAAUCCAAAUCGGAAUACAGAGAGUGUACAAUAAGGUCCUCUACGUUAUUUUUUAGAAUUUUUAUUUUUUUAUACACCAGAUUCGUAUGUGUGGAAGAUGACAUUGGCUUCGAAUGUAUUUUAUGGAAACUAAAUUGAAAAUGCUGGCCAAAAUUGUUUGAGAAUCAAAAUUAAACGACGAAAUUUCAGUGACCAAAAAAUAGUA